GAAAUCAAGAGAAUCAAACAUUCCAAAGCAAUUAGAACUCUUGUGGAACAAGAAGCUGUUAAGAAUUAUUCACCUCUGGUGAUAACUGUAGCUAUUAAAGAAUAUGCAACAAUUAAGCUAGGUCUUGGUUCUACUAAAGAAACUUUAGAAUUACAGGAUGUAGAUGCUCAUUUCUUUGCUAGUAUCGAAGAUAGUAACACUGUUGAGGCAAAAGAUAUUAAAAUAACAUUUUCUAGCAUAAGUGCUGGUGAACAAGAAUGUAAAAUAAUCCUCUGCGUUGUUCUUGUAAUGAGGAUUUGGUUAGCAAAAAUCUAUAAAAAAGAACCUCAGGAUAUCAUAAUUGCAGCGAUACAUAAAAGAACAAGAAUUGGUUGUGAAAAACUUGUUCAAGAUGCUAUUAACUCAGUGGGCCUUGUGAGCACGUCAACAUUUUCUCCUGCUUCUGCAAGUUACCUUUAUGAAUCUGCUGGAAUCUUAUCACAGUGA